AUGAACGCCCUUCAGCAGAAAUGUCGGCCCAAGCACCAGGUCCUGGUCCUCAAGUGCUACCCUCGAACCAUCAAGGGCGCUGUCGAUGUCAAGCCCAAUUCGAGCGAGCUGAGCUACCUCCUGUUCUACUGCCAGUCGCGCCGCGCCAAAAUCCAGAAAGUCGGCAGCUUCCUCGAGAAGAAGACUGCCAGUGACGUCUACCGCCAGAGGAUAGGUAACGUCCAGGUUACCCUCCAGAUCCUCGCCGCCCUGAUCGAAAAGUCUCCCAAGGACCUCCCCCUGUUCGCAUCAUGUGUCCUCAGCAUCCUCGAACAGGUCCUCAAGUCGAGCGACAUCACCAUGGUCGAGUCCUCGAUCCCGACCUUCCAGGCCUUUUGUGAGCACCAUGACCCUACCUCGCUCGCCGCCGACCAGGCCUAUUUCCGCCAAUACGUUUCUGUGGUCCAGCAGUACGCCUCUCUCGCUUCGACCCGUCCCGCAGCUGGAAAGGCAGUGUAUAGUAAGCCUAUCGCUCUGCGAUGGAGGAACGCCGGCUUGGAGGCCAUUAGGAGUGUCGCCUCUUCCGACGCCCUGUCUUCCCUGGUUGCCCGCCAGUACGACAUCAUUGUCCCCAUGAUCCUGGAGAACCUGUGGACAGAAAACGAAGACUUCCUCGACAUUCUGCUGCAGCGAGCCGACGGGGAAGACACGGUCGAGGAUGCGCCGCUGUUGCGGAGGAGGACGAGCAAUGCCGCGGCCCAGGCAUCCGAAGCGAGCGGCGGUGAGCCGGGCCACCCCAACCCCAUCGCCUUCCUGGGAACCGCGGUGGACGUCGACAAGCUGGCGGAAGAGGAUAUCGGCGUCUUGGCCAUUCAGUGCUUGCGACAGGUCUUUGUUGCGCCCAGCCGAUCGCAGACCCACAACCCUACCAUUGCUCUGCUCCGGUUCAUCGAAGAGCGAGUGGACCAGAACGAACAGGUCAUCAAGAGGGAUGCCCACGGGAAGGACAGUGGGUGGGCGAUCAAGGUGUUUUUGAUGGCGGCUCGAUGGGCUCCGGUGGCGGACAGAUUCACUAUUCUCCUCACAGCCAUUGAGGUGCUUGCGCAACGCCCCCUGACCGACGACAACCUGCGACACCACAACAUCCAGGCCGCCAUGAUCAGCGCCCUUUUGCGCUCGGACGUCAACUUGAUCGGCCUGAGCGUCAUGGACGUUCUCAUCAACCUCCUCGGCCGUAUGCAAAGGCUUGUUCAGAUGCCAGGGGACCCGGAUAGUAUGCGGGUGGAGCAGGAGGAGAUUGGCAACAAUGAGGGGGCUAUUGGACAGCGCAGAGAGUUGCUGUUCAGAUUGCAACAGUGUAUCGGCGACUUGGCGACCCACGUCUACUACGCCGACCAGAUCUCGGACAUGAUCCAAACGAUUUUGCUUAAGCUACAGGCCACCGAGGACCAGCCCCUCGAGUCCCUUUUCGCUCUUACUGUCGCCAAGAUCGCGGCGCUCAGAGCCAUCAAGGCCAUUCUUCGGGUUGCCAACCCCCGCACAAAGAUGAGCGGCAACAUUAACCUCACCAGAAACCGCGUUCCCAUCCAGACCUGGGAUGGUACCCAAUGGCUUCUGCGGGAUCCUGACGGCCUCGUGCGCAAGGCAUACGUGGAUGCCGUCGUGACAUGGUUGGAUCGGGAGACCACAGCAGCAGAUUCUUUGGCAAGGGAUGAAUCUGCCAGGGCAACAUUGAAGAACCGGGCUGUCCAGGAGGCUAACCUUGCUCGCCGGGUGGUCUCGAGCGCCUCUGCUCGGGUGGACAAGUCAGCAAAGGUGCCGCGCUCGCACUUCUUGCAGCUGCUUCACCUUGCUAUCUACGACCAUGCUUUGCAGUUUGUGGACUACGAGAAUGAUCUGGUACUGCUCCACGUGCUCUUGGCCAAGCUCGUGAGCCAGCUUGGUGUCAAUGCUGCCAAGUUUGGUAUUCCCAUGAUUUUCAGACUCCAAGAGGAUAUCCAAGAGGUUGAGACGCCCCUUGGAAAGGUCCGCAUUGGCAGUCUGGUGCAUGGCUAUCUCUGGACAUUGACAGAGAAGUUUGACUGCGAAGGGACUGCUCCGGGGAGGGCGAUCCAUGGCGAGAUCAUCAGGCGCCGUAGCAAGCACUUUUGGGUCGAGGGUAUCAACAUUCCCGCUCCUACCGUUGAUCUCGUGGGCACACCAGGCCAAGCACGCCCGCCACCAAAGAUGAACAUCCAGGAUCUCGAGUCUGAGGCGCUUCUGCCGUUUGAUGAGCGCGCACUCCUGGUGGAAUGUGUCUGCACAGGCUACCAGGAACUGGCAACCUCGCCUCCUACAAGCCCGACCGCUAGUCCCGGUCGGAACUUCACCCACCCCAUCCUUGGAUCGACGUUGAGCACGAUUCCCAAGGCCGAGACCCAGCGGGAACUCCCACCACAGUUCCGUGAUCUGAUGCUCGGCGACUGGACAAGGGAACAAGUCCUCGCCAACGCGCAAGCAGGUAGCAGCAAGACUGCCUCGCUCAACGGCUCGCGAUCCGGCACAACCGGUACUCACCGGAACACGGUCAACAACAACCACAACAACCGCCUCGGCGUAAACGGCGUGACCUCACCAUACGCCAGCAACUCCAACCUCCGCCCUUCGUCUUCCCCAGCAGGUGCCAACGGCGUCCAAGUAGGCCGCACGCGCAAGACCAGCAUCCGCAGCAACGCCGGCGGCUCACCCGCCCACUCCACGUACAGGGCUGGCAAGGCCCAGCAACCCGUCACGUCCGUGGAGCAGCUCAAGGCCGUGCUGUCCGGCCACCUCCAGCCCCCGCCCACCUCGCAUGGCAUCGGAUUCCAGCAUUCUGAUGAUAGCGACGAUAGCCUCGUCAGCUACGACAUGGCGCCCAGCGAACUGUCUUUCAACCCAGCUGCUGCUGGCGGGCAAGGGUCUCCCGAUAACACCAGCCAGGUUGCUUCCAGCCCGCCGCGCCGCACGUCCCAGGAUCGUCAAGGUCAGCAGCUGAAGUUCGGAGGACCUUUGGUACCGGGCGACGAUGAAAAACCCACCACCGUCGCCGGUGGUGGCGACGACAUCACCAACGGCAACGCCGCAGCUAACCUCGGCGUCCCCGUCUCGCGAACGACUUCCCGCACUCAACACCAAACUGCCACGCACACCUUUCCCAGGCCAUCAACUUCCUCUAAGCGAAGCAUCAAGAGCCGGGCGGGCUCUCGCGCGGGAGGUCCAAUGUCCUCCUCGUGGCUGGGAGAGAAGCCUCCCGCUAUGGACCUGGCAGCCUUGCUGAAGGGGAUUGAUAGUGCGUCGAUUAAUGGCGGCGAUUUUAAUAAGAACUUGGGAAUGGGGGCUGUGGGGAAGCCUCCUUAUUAA